AUUGACGACGUGUGUGCUUAUGUGCGAUUGUGACGGCCAGUGUUGUGGAGUCCCCGAUGAUGAUGUCGCGUCGAGGCUCGUCGAGCUCUUGAAAACGCUCGACGAACGUUCAGUGCGCUCGCGUUCCCACUGAAAACGACGACGACGGAGAGGAGAGGAGAGAGGAAGCUCGUCCGCACAUGUCGGUCUCCAUGCAGAUUGACAGCAGCAUGUUGACGAAUUCAGAUACCAGCCUCUGUCGCGUCUGCCUGACCGUGGAUCACAACAAUCAGUGUAUCUUCCGCAGGAACUGGGACGAUCCGAGGAGCCCAUCCGGGUUGCCCGAGAAGUUGCAGCUAUGCUGCGGCGUGGAGAUUCUGGAAGAUGAUGGUCUGCCGACUAGUAUCUGCCUCGAAUGCGUAGUGAAAGUCAACGUUGCCUAUGAAUUGAGGAAACAAUGUCAAAAAGCAGACAUAGAACUCAGGAAGUUAUAUGGGAAAUCCUUAAAAACAAACAUUGCCAGCAUUCCAACAAAAGACCAGUGUUGUCAAACUGACCAAUUUUUUAUCUUGGAUGCAAUCAAUUCGAGUGACAAUAUAGAGUUAAGUGCAGAUAAUGAAGUUAAUAUAGAGAAAAGCAUUAUGCAAUCAAAUGUUAUGAGACAAGAACAAAUACUAGAUGCUUUUGAUCAAAUCAAGCAGGAUGUUUCAGUAGACAAUGAAGUAGAUCUAGACUGUGGUAGUAAAUAUAAACAAGUAGAACAUGACAAAAUAGCUAAUAGAAUGAGAAACGAAAAUAGCUAUAGAACGAGAAGAUUAAUGUUUAAAAGGGUUACGUCUAUAGAAAAUUUGAGGAAUUAUAAAGAGAGACAGAGACGAUACAUCAAAAAGAGCGUAAACGUCAAACGUGACAGCAGCGAUAGCGAGUAUCAAACAAAGACGAAAAAUGUUCACGGCAGGAUGGACAGAGCGUCCGAAGUGGAACUGCAAUAUAAAUGUCAAAAAUGUGAUAGAUUUUAUUCCAGUAAAAAGUCCUUAGAUAGACACACAUCAACUCAUAACGAUAAAGAGUUCAAAUGCGAUAGCUGUGAUAAGCAAUUCUUCUGUCUGGAUAAAUUGCAUAAGCAUAUUAAUCUGCACAGAGCAAAGGAGAAGCCGAAACCGGUGUUAUGCAAAAUCUGCAACAAGAGUUUCAGAAAGAUCGAUACUAUGGUCAGACAUCUGAAUACUCAUAAGAAGGCAUAUCCUAAGGAUGUUUUCUCUAUACUGAAGGAGAUACGGGACAAGAGAAGAUUGGAAAAUAAUCCAGAGUCUUUCGAAACGUCGCUCACGCUGGAUGAGGACGAAGAAGUAAUGCGUGAUGGACAAUUUCAAAGUGCAAACAAUGGCAAUACGAGAGAACUACGAAAACGUAACAAUACAAAAGUGGAACUAAGAGACUCGGAUUUGGUAAACAGUGACUCCAGCGAUGACAAAACAGAGUUUUUCGACGACGCGUCACUCUUCAACUGCAAACAUUGUAGCAAGAGUUAUCGUACCGAAAGAUCGCUUCAACGUCAUCUGCUGACACACGAUGAGAAGAAAUAUGUCUGCAAUGUUUGCAACAUGAAGUUCUUCCGACAGGAUAGGCUGAAGAGUCACAUGGAUCGGUAUGGUCACGAUGAAACCAAGAUGUGUUCGGAGCCGCAGAAACCGCCUGACGACAAGUCUGCCAUCAAGCUGAUAAACACCUGGAUAAGAGAGGAAUUGGAUUCCGAUAACGAGGGCAAGGGUUUCCCGUGUAGAAUCUGCGGAAAAUCAUACGACACGAAGAAGUCCUUGUUGAAACAUCAAAUGAACGCGCACAGCGGACAGAACGACUAUUGCACGAAUUGCGGUACCGUGUGUAAUUGCGUGUACAAGGAUCAGGAGAAAGGCAACGAAAAGUCAAAGCCGUAUACUUGCGAGGAAUGUAACAAGUCGUUUGAGAAGGAGAUCAAGUUGCACAAGCAUCUGAGAAUUCAUGAGCGCGCCAAGGAGCAGCAGGACGCGAACUUCAAGCGUUUUCUAUGCCACAUAUGCAGCAAGACGUUUCGACAGAAUACCGGCCUCAUGUUCCACAUGAGAACACAUACGGGUUACAAGCCGCACGUGUGUAAGUACUGCGGCCGUGGCUUCACAUCUAAUUCGAAUUGCAUCAAUCAUGAGAGGACUCACACGGGCGAUCGGCCGUUCGUCUGUCAAUACUGCAGCGCUGCUUUCGCCAAAUCGUGCACCCUCAAGGCUCACAUCACCACGCACACCGGCGAGGCGAAUUAUCAUUGCAAAACCUGCGGCAAAUCGUUCCGUCGGUUGAAGUACUUGAAGGAGCAUCGAUUCACGCAUACAGGCGAGAAACCGUACGCGUGUAAGAUCUGCGGCACCGCAUACAGCCAUUCUGGCAGUUUAUUCGUACACGAGAAGAAGUGCAAGGCGCAAUUCAGUAAUUAUCAGUCGGGGGUUGUACAAAAUGUACAGCAGCAACAACAGGUUUCCUACAGUCAAUCCUCUCAGACCACUGGCGGCAUUUCCGUGGCGUCCACUUCUUCGGUUGUCGCUCCUAUCAUCACUACGCUGCCUCAGGCUCACCUAAACGUAAUUAACAGUACUCUAAAUGUACAGGCGAACAAAGACUACGUGGAUAACGUUCAGCGAAUGAACGCGCAUGCAUCGACUAACGCAACCACAGUUGUCUCACCAGGUCUGCAUCCGAAUGUUGACAUCUCCGAAAUGAGUUCCGCCGUUAGGAACUUCUCCAUCAUCGGGCAGAUCAAUAUGCCUUCAUACAAGCUGAUUUACUUUCCCAUCACGGCAUUGGCCGAGCCAAUUCGUUUCCUGCUCAGUUAUGCUGGCAUCGAGUUUGAGGAUGAACGUUUUGAUAGGAAUGAUUGGCCAAAACUUAAGCCGACUAUGCCAUUCGGUAAAGUACCCGUACUCGAAGUAGAUGGAAAGAAAAUCGAUCAGUCCACAGCUAUCUCCCGUUAUUUGGCGAAACAAUGUGGUCUUGCUGGCAAAAACGAUUGGGAGUCUUUGGAAAUAGACUCGACUGUCGACACUAUCCAUGAUGUACGCGCCAGUAUCGCUAGUUUCCACUACGAGAGCAAUGAAACAGCUAAAAAUGAGAAACUUAAAGUUGCCAAGGAAACAACAGUGCCAUAUUAUUUGGAGCGUUUAGACGCACAGGUGAAGAAGAAUGGCGGUUAUUUUGUCGGUGGUUCUUUGACGUGGGCCGAUUUAGUUUUCGUCGGUCUUUUGGAUUAUUUGAAUUUCAUGAUGAAGGAGGACAUCGUUGAGAAGUAUGAGAAUCUGAAACAACUCCAAAAGACAGUCGAGGAAGUACCGGCUAUCAAAACCUGGAUCGAGAAACGUCCGCCAGCGAUCUUUUCGAAUUAAUUCGGUUGAUUUCAUAAAUAAUUUCAUAAAAUGAUAACUUUCUGACAGAGUUUCUUGUCAUUGAUGAUUGAUAAAAUAUCGAUUUUUCUUUUUUUUUUUUUCAAACGCGUUUAUAUCUAUAUUGGA